AUGGCCGCGAUUUCUUGGGCCGACGGGGUCAAUAACAGACCCGACCCACGACCACACCCACGCGCCACCGCAGCCGCGCGAUCCGCCCGGGACGGCUCCACAUAUGCCGCCCUUCCUCCCUCGGCCUCCGCAGCCGCCGCGACUGCCAGCUCUGCCGCCGGCUUCGCUGAGGAAGACCCGCCGCCCCCCAGACCACGUUUGCCGCCUCGGCUGGGAUCGGGGAUGGUCCCGCGAUGGUGGAUCCGCCGCCAGCCGCGACGCCACCGUUGA